CCGACACAAGCAUUUACUUGAAAAAACAUCCUGACACAUGAUGAAUCAAUCGUCGUCCAAAUGUAUCUUUUGCUUUAAUUUUUAGAACAAAAAGAAACAUCAGGUGAUUCUCAAUUUGAAAUUUAGAGUGGAAAACACUUAAUUAAAAUCUGUAUUCUGUAUUUUGUAUUUUGUAUUUUGUAUUUUGUAUUCUGUAAAGUGAUAGGUAUAUUCGAAAUGAAAGAAAUAAACACAACAACAACCCGAAAAAGAAAGGCAUGAAAAUAAAGAGAUUUCCUCUCUACUUGUUUUUUCCUCUCUCCUUUCCUUCUUCUCCCCCGAGCUUUUUCUUCCCCUGCCUCAACUCUACUUGUUUCUUCGGUGACUGGCGCGUGGUGGCUCCUCUAGCACCACCGCCGGUCUAGUUUGCUUUGAUUAGCUUUCUAUUGUGUAUUUUCUGUUGUUUUUAAGCUUUUGAAGGGGAUUUCGCAGACUGGAGUUUUUAGAUCUAAGUGUUUAUCGAUGCUCUUAUUUGUUGAGGUGGUCAUGGGCUUUCUGUUUGGUGUCCAUCGUCGGUGAAUCGCGAUGGUAUCUCCCAGAUUCAUGCUUCUGGUUUUCCUCCAUUCGAUUUGGGUGGUAGAAGUGAAGGGCUCAUGCUCAUUGUGUUGUGGCCUUACGGUGGUUUUGGGAUAUUUGGUUGGAUCCAGAACCGGUGAAGUGCGACGCUAGCCCCUGCCCAUGAGUUUCUCCUGUUUGCGGUCCCUUCCUCGUUUCUAUGCUUUCUUGAUGGCCAUUGUGGAAAGGUGAGUGAGGUUUAGAUGUGUAUGUGACUUGACGUAUUGCUUGAGCUUGGGAGUUCUGCUUCUUUUCAUUGAAGUCAUCCUCAGUGGUUUUGAUCUUUGACGAUAAGAACCUUUGCGAGACCAUUUCUAGUGUUUGAGAGGAUCGAAAGGAGAUAGAUGUUUUUUCUGGAGGUUUUGCUUCAGUGAUGGUCGAUUGCCGCUGAUUUGCUCGUGUUAAUGUUGGAUUUGGAGUGGUUUUUAUCUAGUUACCGGCGGUUGAAUAAGACGUAGUUGGGAAGCUUUCUUAGGCUUUGCCUUAGGGUGAUGGUAUGAUGGUGCGUAUGAGGCGCGUGGAGAACUCUUUCAAGGUCCAAUGGCGAGACUUAGUUGGGAUUGAAGGGUGUUUACAGCGACGGUUAAAGAUUCUAACCUCUUUUAUUUCAGUUAUAUGUAUUGGUGAUGUUCGUGUGCUUCCAGUCCUUCUUGUUACUCCUUUCUACUGGUGUUAGUGGUUGAUGAGGUCUCGCUAGGUGAGUUCAUCUUCGAGUGCAUGGUUGAGCAUUCCUUGCUGAAGCUUGAUUAUCACUCUUCUGCCUUUUGUCUCUUUUUUCGUGGUUAUAUAUUAGCUUUAAGAGUGUGUGUUAUGUUUAUCUUUUGGUUCUGGGUGGUACUUGUUACUUCGCCGGCUCUUGGCUUCGGGUGAUACUUGUUACCUCGCCGACUCUUGGUUUCAGACAAUGUCGUUAUUGUAUGCGUGUAACCGAAUGUUUAAUAUAAUCUUAAUCUACCAGAUGACAAAAAAAGAAAAAAUAAAGAGAUUUCAAAGUGACAAAUUAAGGAAAAAUAAAACCACUUUUUUCCAAGACCCAAUUCCUUUCAGCAGUCGCCAGCUGGCUUUAUACUAUAUGCCACGUGUCAUUUUGUCAAUAACCAUCAGUUUGCUGACGUGUCACCAACUUGCCAUUCUCCUCUCCAUAAAUAGAGCUCUCAGCAUCUCACCCCGAGAUUCAGCCUUCUACAUAACUCACCUCUCUCUCUAACUCCGUUUAAGUUUGCCAUCAGAAAGUACUAAAUAAAAAUAAUGUCAGGUUUUGACGGUGUUGAAAAUCAAAUCAACCGUCCAGAUUCAACAGCUGGUCUCCCUCAAGAUCCUCGUGAGCCCCCAAUCACCCUCAAGUUUGUCGAUGUAGGUUACCGAGUGAAACUCCAUGGUGACUCAAGUAAGAUCAAGAAGUUAUUGGGACUAGAUCACAAACCGUCCGAUGAGACUAGAACGACGGAGAGGACGAUACUUAGUGGAGUCACCGGAAUGGUGUCACCGGGCGAGUUUAUGGCCGUUCUUGGACCAUCGGGAAGCGGUAAAUCAACGUUGCUUAACGCCGUCGCAGGGAGACUCCAUGGACCAGGCCUAACCGGAAAUAUACUAGCCAACGACGCUAAACCAACGAAGCAAACGUUAAAACGUACCGGGUUCGUGGCCCAGGACGAUCUACUCUACCCUCACUUAACCGUACGGGAAACCCUAAUUUUCGUGGCCUUGCUCCGUCUCCCUCGGUGUCUAACCAGAGACGAUAAAAUAAAAGCGGCCGAGACGGUGAUAUCGGAGCUAGGGCUCGAGAAAUGCGAAAACACAGUCGUGGGGAACACUUUCAUUAGAGGGAUCUCGGGUGGUGAGAGGAAACGUGUGAGCAUAGCUCACGAGCUACUCAUCAACCCGAGCCUUCUGGUUCUUGACGAGCCCACGUCCGGGCUUGACGCGACGGCAGCUCUUCGGCUGGUACAGACGCUAGCCGGGAUGGCUCGUGGGAAAGGAAAGACGGUGGUGACGUCUAUUCACCAGCCGUCGAGCCGUGCGUUUCAGAUGUUUGAUACUGUGCUGCUUUUGAGUGAAGGGAGGUGUUUGUUCUACGGUAAAGGACGUGACACCAUGGCGUACUUCGACUCCGUCGGAUUCUCGCCAGCGUUUCCGAUGAAUCCGGCUGACUUCCUUCUCGACCUUGCUAACGGUGUUUGUCAGAUUGACGGUGCAACGGAACGGGAAAAACCAAACGUGAGACAAACGUUGGCAGGUGCCUACGACACAUUGCUAGCCCCAAACGUUAAAACCUACAUGGACGCGACACCCUCUCGAGAGAACGUGCGUUUUGUGAAAACGGAGACAAACGCUCGUGGAAUAGUGUCUGGCUUCACAACAUGGUUCAGCCAGCUUUGCAUUCUCCUCCACAGGCUCAUAAAAGAACGACGCCAUGAAUCCUUCGACGCACUUCGCGUUUUCCAAGUCGUCGCGGCUUCCCUACUGGCGGGUCUCAUGUGGUGGCAUUCCGAUUUUCGAGACGUACAUGACCGAUUAGGACUACUCUUCUUCAUAUCCAUUUUCUGGGGGGUACUUCCGUCAUUUAACGCGGUUUUCACGUUUCCACAAGAGCGAGCAAUUUUCACUCGAGAACGUGCGUCUGGUAUGUACACACUCUCAUCUUACUUCAUGGCUCACGUCAUCGGAUCACUCUCCAUGGAACUGGUUCUUCCGGCAGCGUUCUUGACACUAACUUACUGGAUGGUCGGUCUACGCCCCGGGCUAGUCCCUUUCCUCCUCACACUUUCUGUAUUAUUGCUAUACGUUUUAGCUUCCCAGGGACUCGGACUUGCACUAGGUGCAGCGCUCAUGGAUGCUAAAAAAGCGUCCACGAUCGUGACGGUGACCAUGCUAGCGUUUGUUCUAACCGGCGGUUUCUACGUGAACAAAGUGCCAUCUGGAAUGGUGUGGAUGAAAUAUGUUUCCACGACGUUUUAUUGUUACCGUCUAAUGAUCGCAAUCCAGUAUGGAAAUGGUGAAGAGAUAUUGGGGAUGUUUGGAUGCGAGUUAAAGAGAACGGAAGGAGCGGCUAGGACUGAUGGGUGCCGAUUUAUGGAGGAGGAAGUGGUCGGAGAUAUUGAACUGUGGACCAGCGUUACCGUUUUGUUUUUCAUGUUUGUUGGUUAUAGAAUGUUAGCGUACUUGGCUUUAAGGCGUAUUAAACUUUAAAAUAAGCUGAGAGGGAAAAUGUUAAAUAAACAAAUGACUAGGGGGUUUAGUUUGUUCGAUUCUCCGGUGUUUUUUUUUUUUUGUUUUAAAUGUGAAACUAAAAUGACAAAAAGGCUUUUAGUUGAUUAUAAUGAAAUGUAUAUUUCCAUCUAUUACAUUUCACUGGUUGUGUGUAUAUCAAAGGAUAAAUGCUUCUUAUGGCUAAGUACAGCGAAGAAGCUGCUAAGAAAGCUCACACAUGACCAAAUAGCCAUGAUAUCCAGUACGUCUUCUUUUCUUUUCAUACUUGUCCAAUACUUGUAACUUAGAAAGCUUUUAAUUGAUAAAUGCACAAGAAGAAUUUUAGCCUCUCACAAGAUACUUACCGAUGUUUUAUUUUUCUUGUUAUAUUUUAUCUCAUAUGAUAUUUUUUUUGGGGUGUUGCAGAGAACAACCAGGUGUGAUUGGAGUUGUGCCUAGCAAGACCUACCAGUUGCACAAACCUGU